AUCACUACCGCUCUGAGGAGACACUACACUCACAAAUUGGUAAAUGGCACCACUUGAAAGUGUAUCCGUUUAAUCUACUUAAGACAAGGAGAUCAGUCCGCUGACGAACCUGUGAACCUACGGCCUCCUAAACCAAGUUGAAAUUCUUUUAAAUUUAUUCACAAUGGAUAUAGUGUUCAAACAAAUAAUAUAUGACCAUGUUUAAAUCAAAUAAAUCCAACAUGAAUAACCUAAAUCUAGGAAUUAUAAAAAUCGAUAUCCUUGGUUGAUUGGUUUUCCAGGAUAAAAAGAAAGAAUGAAUGGAAUAAAUGUUUCGGGAGACAAGAACUCUGAGGAGGUUAAAAAGCAAUCGAAGCCGAAAAGGACAACUGUUAAAGAAAAGCUUAUGCAAAUACGAUCCAAUAUAACUGUUGAACCUAUUAUAGCAUGUUAUAUUAUGUCCAAUGUGUUUUCUGGGUUAGCAGUCCAAAACCUAAACUUAGAAAAGGCGUGUAGAGUGAAUUUGGGGUAUAGCGAUGAAGUCUGUUCAGCGUUAAAUAGACGGCAAACGGAAAACUAUACUUUCGAGGAAUCAGAGGUACAAAAGCUGACAGCGUCCGUACAGGCUUGGAAAAAUGUAGUGCAAACAGCUUUUCCCUGCAUUUUAGUUCUAUUUGUGGGUUCGUGGAGUGAUAAAACCGGAAAACGAAAAGCGUGUAUUCUAUUACCAAUAGUCGGUGAAGUGUUGUGUUGCACAAGUUUUAUUUUAAACACAUAUUUUUUCUACGAAUUACCUAUAGAGGUCACAGCCCUCUCUGAUUUAUUUCCGUCGCUAACCGGAGGAUGGAUCACUGUUUGCGUUGGUGUAUUCAGCUAUAUUGGUGAUGUAACAACGAAAGAAAUGAGAACAUUCAGAGUAGGAGUUGCAAAUUUGUGCAUGUCCUUGGGUAUACCAAUUGGAAUGUCACUAAGUGGGAUACUUCUGCAACAAAUUGGCUAUUAUGGAAUUUUUCUUAUUUCUAAUUGUUUGUAUUUAACCAGUCUAAUUUACGGAUACAUACGUCUUAAGGACCCUGUUAUUUCUGAAGAAAGACGACGAGAGCAACCAGUGGGCUGUCGGGGAUGGAUGUGUUCAUUUUUCGAUGCACGUCAUGUGAGGGAAACUCUCACCGUAGCCUUCAGAAGUGGACCACGACGUAGACGUCUCCGUGUAUCUCUACUCAUAGUGGUCGUCUGUGUUAUAUUCGGACCCUUGCAUGGCGAGAUGAAUGUACUAUACCUGUUCAUGAGAUAUAGAUUCAAUUGGGAUGAAGUACAAUUCAGUAUGUUUUGUACCUACAGCAUCAUAACAAAUUUAGUGGGAACAUUAUUUUCUAUCAGCAUUUUUAGUGACUUCAUGAAACUCGACGAUAGUGUGGUGGGAAUAAUCUCAUGUACAAGCAAGAUAUUGGCAUCCUUCAUAUUUGCAUUCGCUAGUACAAAAACGGAAAUAUACAUCGCGCCGCUAGUUGAAAUAUUCAAUGGCACGUCCUUCAUCGCAAUGCGAUCAAUUGCUUCUAAACUGGUGACUAGCGAAGAAUUGGGAAAAGUGAAUUCCUUGUUUGGCUUGGCUGAAGCAAUGAUGCCACUGGUGUAUGGACCGUUAUACUCUCGGGUCUACAUGGCGACUCUGAACGUUUUGCCGGGAGCUGUGUUUCUCCUGGGAGCCGCCAUGACGGUUCCAGCGGUUGCUAUAUUUGGGUGGAUGUAUUUCGAGCAAAAAGAGGACAACCGGCAAGCCGAAGAAUUGGAAAACGUUAACGAAGUUGCAUAGUUGAUAUGAUAAUUUUAAUCUAUUUUAAGUCAAUAAAUAUUGUUUGAUUA